AAAUAUAACCCCCAUAUAAAUCUAGGUAAACGCCUAAAAAGCUAAAAUUCUCGAUUUUUCUCCGGCGAAAAAUGGCGGCGAUAAGUCUCAGAAAGGGAAAUACCCGGCUACCCCCGGAGGUGAACAGGGUGCUAUAUGUUCGGAACCUUCCGUUCAACAUAACGAGCGAGGAGAUGUACGAUAUAUUCGGCAAGUACGGUGCUAUUAGGCAGAUUCGCAUCGGCACAAACAAGGAUACCCGUGGUACUGCUUUCAUCGUCUACGAGGAUAUUUAUGAUGCUAAAACCGCCGUCGACCACCUCUCCGGCUUCAAUGUCGCUAAUCGAUACUUGAUAGUUCUAUAUUACCAGCAAGCGAAGAUGAGCAAGAAAUUUGACCAGAAGAAGAAGGAGGAAGAGUUACAGAAGCUUCAGGAGAAGUAUGGUGUUUCCACCAAAGAUAAGUGAUAGAGAAACUUAUAUUACCCUUUUCUUUCCUUCAUUAUGUAAAUUGAGUCAAGUCGUAGUAAGGAAGACAUCACCUUUCUUGACCAAGGCGCCCUGGCCCCUGAAAUAUGAGAAAGAGUAGCUUGUACUGCUGUAUCUUUUAGGAAGUUUGUAACGAAUAAUAUUUGAGAUGAUUGAAUGUUGUUGGAUGUUUCUACCUAUAUCAUUUUUUUUCCUUCUUCCCUC